AUGAGGUCUUGCACCUCUCUCCUAUCCCGGGUGUCCGUGUCGUCCCAUCGGCCGGCGAACCGGUGCCUCGGCAGCUCCGUUCGGCCCCUCAUCAUCCGAGGUGUGGCGCAGUCCCGGUAUAGCUCACACUCUCCUAUGGGUGCGCCUCAGGCUGCCCAGCGCAAGAAGGUCACUGUCGGAACCCUUCGUUCCAUGCACCGCAAGGGUGAUCCUAUCACUGUCAUGACAGCUCAUGACUUCCCUAGUGGCCAUGUUGCUGAACAUGCAGGCAUGGAUAUCAUUCUCGUCGGCGAUAGUCUUGCCAUGGUUGCUCUUGGUAUGGAGGACACAAGUGAAGUCGUUAUGGAAGAGAUGCUACUUCACUGCCGGUCAGUUGCAAGAGCCACCAAAUCCGCUUUCACUGUUGGUGACCUGCCCAUGGGUACAUACGAGAUAAGCCCAGACCAGGCUCUUGCGACUGCCAUCCGUUUUAUCAAGGAAGGUCGUGUCCAAAGUGUCAAGCUUGAAGGUGGGAAGGAGAUGGCUCCCACCAUCAAGAAAAUCACCACCGCUGGUAUCCCCGUUCUUGGCCAUAUCGGUUUGACCCCUCAGCGACAAAAUGCUCUUGGUGGCUUCCGUGUUCAGGGCAAGACAAGUAGUGGUGCUAUGAGCAUCCUCGAGGAUGCCCUUGCUCUCCAAGAAGCUGGCUGCUUUGCCAUGGUUGUCGAAGCUGUUCCUGCCGAGGUGGCAGCGCUCAUUACCGAGAAAUUGUCUGUUCCCACGAUCGGUAUCGGUGCUGGCAACGGUACCUCUGGUCAAGUCCUUGUGCAGGUCGAUAUGCUUGGAAACUUCCCUCCUGGAAGGUUCCUCCCCAAGUUUGUCAAGAAGUAUGGUGAUGUAUGGGGCGAGAGUUUGAGAGCCAUCGAGGCGUAUCGAGACGACGUCAAAUCUCGUCAAUACCCUGGCCCUGAGCACACGUACCCAAUUUCAGCAGAGGAGCUCGAGAAUUUUACCAAGGCGGUAAAGGAUUCAUAA